AUGGAAGAAGGAGAAGAAGAAGCGCAAGUGAGUAACAGCGAGGAUGAAGAGCCAGAGGACAAGGAGGAAGAAGAUACGAGUGAAGAGGAGUCAGAAGGUCGAGAGCGAAGUGAGGCGGAGGAGGAAGACGAGGAGGAGGAGGAGGAGCGAGAUGAAGAGAACCCUUCACAGGACGAAGCUGAUGAUGAAGAUGAUGAUGAUGGUGAAGAGAGUGAGGGCAAGACUAACAAGAAAGAAUGGGACAAGUUCGACCGGCAAACCAAGAGCUCUCUGAAGUUUCCUCCAAGCCUACAGCCGAUGCUCAAAACAAAGAAGGUGGAGUUGUUCAACAUGUGGCUGGAGAAUGACAUGAGUUGGGACCGUGUCCAAUGUGUUGUUGAACGACAACAGACUUCUUCCAACCUAUCGAGGAAAGAGUGGGUCGCGGUCCAGGCCAAAGACCUGAAGACCCGCUUGCCCGAGGAUCGCUUUAACGAGUUGAUCAAGCGCCGGACAGAAGCUGGCCUAUACUACCCGGAUGAAGACUACCCGGAUGAUGACAUGGACUGGUUUGUUGAAAGCUGGGCUCAAAAAGAGACUUGGAUCUACAUGCCCAAAGGGCGGGUUGUCCGUCAAGACGAUGCCGCAGCAGAGAUUUUGAAAGUCCGUGCUGAAAAAAAACUCGACGAGAACCUCUUCAACGCGCUGACUGCCGAGGAAGGCGGGGUCCUUGCAGCUGGAGCUCUCCCGGCUGUCAAAGCAGCGUCAGCUAGCGGCGCCCAGAAGAUCAUGGAAUCCUUGAACGAUGGAGCGAAGGUGGUCAAGGCGACAAAGGCGCGCACCAAGGCCAUCCAACUCCAAGGCAUGGAGUUUGCAGACCAGUUGUCGCAACAGCUCUUAAACCGUGCUGGACAAAUGGAAGGAAUCUAUGGGAGGUUGAAAAAGUCUGUUUCUGCUGAGAAGCCUUCGGACAAGGACAUUUCUGCCAUUCUCAAAGAGAUUGAAGCGCAGAACAAAUGGUUCGAGAAAGCUGAGGCUUCUGCGCAAGGAAUUUUGAAAGGUGGCGGUGGCAGUUCCAAGGGCAAGGCUGUGGAGGAAGAUUCGCACCAACUAUCCACAGGUCUCCAGAAGCUUGCUCAUUUCGGUGCGCAUGGGAAGUGUGCUGGAAAUACUGAGCGGGAUUUCCAGAGGUUCCUGGCGAAACUGAUCCUCAGGAGUGCGAGGCGUCAGUGCUCCUGCCCCAUUAG